UACAGUGUAAAUCGUGGGCAGAGGGGUGAUUCAAUCCAUUUCCGGAUGGAGCACAGUGCUUUAAAUGGAUCUAAAAGCGAGUGGAAAAUGGAGGUAAAGUUUAGGCCGAAAGGUGGUAAUGUUGCGAAAUGGCAAAAUAUCUCGGUGCAUUACCCGGGUGCCACUACAGAAAUAGAUCAUAACUUUAUAAAUUUAACCAUUCCUUGGCCGGAAGAAGAACACGAAUUUGCUGUAUUCGGAACUCCAGAGAAAGAAGACAAAAAGCGAAUGCAACUGGGAAUCUUUGGUGAAAGCCUGGCGAAAGGAAAGAACGCCUUGUUUCACGCAGUUCUCUUAGAUGACACUUUGAUGGCAUUUGAGAAUGUGAGCAGUAAAGAAGAAUCUGAAGGUCGCCAUUUGUUAACAACCCUAGGGGGGCUUUUUGUGUCUAUCAGUGAUGAAGAUAUAAAGACCGAGGUCAGCGGUCUGGAAUCCGGGUUCGAACUGCAGGGCAGUAGUGUUCAGACGAUUAAGUCAAAGGACGCGUGGAACACUCCUCAGAACUCGACUGAUUUCCCCUACUGCGUUUUUGAGAUAAGAUGCUUGGAAGAAAUGGAGCAGCCAUUCUUGUGUGAAAUAACUGCGACCCACGAGAAGGACAGCACUAAAGUUGUGGUUGUUGCACCGUUGGAGCAGGUUGGUUCAUAAGAGACGAUCGAUCAU